AGUGCCAUUCAGACCAAUGACAGCAGCAUGUGGGCGUGUGUUGAGAGUGUGUGAGGUGCUUUUUGAGUUUAGUAAAUGACUGCAGCAAGAAAUACAGUGAGGCUGAGGGGGCUUAUGAGCGAUGGAACAGGCUCUGCGUGCUGAAAUAUCAACGUUUGGGCUUUUCUGACGAGGAUUCGUGAAAAACGUUGAAAACGAAAAUGAGCAGCGUCUCCUAACUGGACCAGACAAUGGAAGUAGCUUCAUGCAGCAUUAACAAUUCACCCCUGGGAAACAAGUACGUACCAAAUCAGACUACCUCAGCCAGAGGUAGCUACAACUAACGCGUGGCUCGAAAGCGGCACAUUGGUUCAUUGGGAUGCGUGUAAAAAGGAGCGUGGAGGAAAAGAGCACACGCGUAUGCAUGUUUUUCCAAUGACUUUGGAGACAUUCCGGCGCUCUGAGGAGAUAUAGUGCAUAGUUUCGGUUGUUUUAAAUGUUUGCGAUGGAGCGUCUUUGAAUAUUCCUGGCGACUGCGCGUCUGAUGCUGCUAUGGAUCGUCCGGAAUGAACAUCUGAAUUUAUCUCAUCGAGUUUUUUUUCACAGCGCUGCUUCCACCUGAAAUUCCGCAACCCGCGUGAAACAGGAGCUCCGCUUCACCUACACAGCCGCUGUCGGGAAAAUGACCAGCUCGUCUGCAUGCUCUUGAGAUUUGUUUGGCCUUUUUGGGAAUCUGAAACAAGCAAAGGACGAAUUGUUCACCUCAGAAGUGAGAGAAGAAGGAAUUGUAGGGUGCACUGAGCUGUAGCCAACUACAUCUACUCAUCUCCAACCUGACACAAUGUUCGCACUCGGGAUUUAUUUGUGGGAAACUAUUGUAUUUUUCAGCUUGGCAGCGUCCCAACAAGCAGCGGCUCGGAAAGCUGCCUCCCCAAUGCCCCCGUCAGAAUUCCUGGACAAGCUUAUGGGAAAAGUGUCCGGUUAUGAUGCAAGAAUCAGACCUAAUUUCAAAGACCCACAAGGCUCCAAAUCGGAUGGUACUCACAAGAAAGGUCCACCUGUGAACGUAACAUGCAACAUUUUUAUUAACAGUUUUGGAUCCAUUGCUGAAACAACAAUGGAUUACAGAGUGAACAUUUUCCUGAGACAGCAGUGGAACGACCCUCGGCUGGCCUACAGCGAAUAUCCCGAUGACUCCCUUGACCUUGAUCCCUCCAUGUUGGACUCCAUUUGGAAACCCGAUCUGUUCUUUGCCAAUGAAAAGGGAGCCAAUUUCCACGAGGUUACUACUGACAACAAGCUUUUGAGGAUCUCCAAAAACGGGAAUGUUUUGUACAGUAUAAGAAUAACACUGGUUCUGGCCUGCCCCAUGGACCUGAAGAAUUUCCCUAUGGAUGUGCAGACCUGUAUAAUGCAGCUGGAGAGCUUUGGCUACACGAUGAACGAUCUUAUAUUCGAGUGGGAUGAAAAGGGAGCCGUGCAGGUAGCGGAUGGACUGACUUUACCUCAGUUUAUAUUGAAAGAAGAGAAGGAUCUGCGCUAUUGCACCAAGCACUAUAAUACAGGGAAGUUCACCUGCAUAGAGGCUCGUUUCCACCUGGAGAGACAGAUGGGCUAUUAUCUGAUCCAGAUGUACAUUCCCAGUCUGCUGAUUGUCAUUUUGUCUUGGGUGUCCUUCUGGAUCAACAUGGACGCUGCUCCUGCCCGUGUAGGUUUGGGCAUCACAACUGUGCUGACCAUGACCACCCAGAGUUCAGGAUCAAGAGCUUCUCUUCCUAAGGUCUCGUAUGUGAAAGCCAUUGACAUUUGGAUGGCAGUGUGCCUUCUCUUUGUCUUCUCUGCUCUGCUGGAGUAUGCGGCCGUCAACUUCAUUGCACGCCAACACAAGGAGCUGCUGCGCUUCCAGAGGAGGAGAAGGCAUCUUAAGGAGGACGAGGCGGGAGACGGCCGAUUCAGCUUCGCCGCCUACGGCAUGGGCCCCGCGUGCCUCCAGGCCAAAGACGGCAUGGCCAUCAAAGGCAACAACAACAACCGCCCACCUCCGCCAACCCCCCCUGAGAAGAGCGUGGAGGAAAUGCGCAAGCUCUUCAUCAGCCGCGCCAAACGGAUCGACACGGUGUCGCGCGUAGCCUUUCCGCUGGUCUUCCUCAUUUUUAACAUUUUCUACUGGAUCAUUUACAAGAUCAUACGCAGCGAGGAUAUUCACAAGCAGUAAAGAGAUGCGAAUACAGCCGCCUCCACACCCCUCCCCACGUCCCACCGUGCCCGCCUUCCUCUCACUGCAGCGCUCUCACUCGCUUACGGUGAUGACGAGUCCCCGGCAGAGGUAUUUAUUCCUUUUUUCGUCUCUUUCUCUCCUGUCCUCCUGAAUUAUCCGGACCUGUGCAAUAGCAAUGCAGUAAAAUGCAUGAUAUAUGAAUGUGGCAAUAUAUUUACUAAAAAAAUGAAAAUGACUAAAAGUAAAUAUUCAACUUAAGAACUUCUGAACUGAUGACUGGGAAUCCAAGAGGAAAACUUGUAAAACUUUUUUUGCAACUUGAAGACGUACUGCAUUGCGUGAAUACGGAAAAACAUUACUGCUGUAAUAUAUCAUAUAUUUAAAUGAUAAUACUUCAGUCAUUGAAAAUGAAACAUUUUUGGGCGUCUCGAGGCAGUUUGGGGCUUCCAUGAAUACACAAUGAAAAUGUCGCAGGUCCCAGAGACCGAGAUUUGCUUUGGAGUCUCACGAUGUUUCAUUCUGAUAUCAAUUAUUAAUGGAUCUUGAUGAGUGCCAGUGAAAAAAAAAAAAAAUUUAUUCAAGCUGUGGUCAAUGUGUUCCUCUAUCUGUGCUCAUUUUCAGGUUUCUUUUUGGUUUCAAACAGAUUAUGUUCUGUUCACGUGCCAAACAUCAACCUUUAGGUUGACCCAGAAAAAAAAAAAAAACAUUUUUUUAUUUAUUUUUUUUUAAUUCAUAUGUUCAUCUUUGGAUGUAUAAGCUAAAUAAGCUAAUAAAAAAGACUAAAUAUUAGUAUAUGUAAAAUAAAAUAUACUUUUAACUCUUUGCAUUUUUUUGGUUUUGCCAUUUCCAUCUCAGAAUAUGUCAGAAAUGGGCAGAAAGAAAAGCAAAGGGAUUUUCAUAACUCAUAUUUCAUACAGUGUUAUUUUUCUAAGCGUGGUUUAGCAGUACAGCCAGUGCCAUGGUAAUAGAUCUAUAUUUCCAACCAAAUGUAUAUUACAGUGAUUUUUCAACCUGUGUGUAUAAACACUGCAUUGUGCAACAGAAUAAACAAGUGCACAAGGUUUAGUUUAUGAAAUUUAGGAUGCAUCUUCAUCUGGCUUCUCUAUGCAAUAAUCGUAUAUGCAAUUAUUUUCAGUGUUCAUCAUGUCUAAAAUGGCCAUUUUUAUUCCAAAGGCCCCCAAAAAAAUGCUUUUUCAUACAUGCUCAAUUUUCUCUUCCAGUCAUGCUCAUUUGCUGUCUAUGCAUGGCUAGGGUUUUUUUGUGGCGCAGAUGAUAUAGAUGUCAUUUUUCACUUUUGUAAUGUUUUGUUUGACUGCCGAACUGAAGAGAAACACCAUUAUAUAAAGUGAGCAUGUGGCAGGUUGCGUGAUAGAUGCUCUGUGCAGGAUAUGCAAGAUUUUGCCAUGCGUAACAUACUUUUUUUUGCGUGUGUGUGUGUUUGACACUUUGUUUGUUUAAAACCAAAGAGCAGUUUUGUUACUCUUGUCAUUGCCUUUCAGGUUUUCAAGCUCCAGUUUGACCUUUUUUUUGUGUGCAUUUCAUCCCGUUUGAUGUGACGUUGACCAAUUUUGUAAAGCCUGUAACAUUUGUAAUUUAUUCAGUUUUUCACACACGUAUUCAAGAAAACCUACAAGUGUAUGUAUUUGUACACUGAAACUAUUCAGCUAGUCAUUUUGUGACAGUAUUACCAUUUACAUUUUAAUCUAAAUAAUGCUAUCAAUGUUUUGAUGUACAUGUAUCAUUUUGGUUAAGAGUGAAGCUUGAAGCUAACAGUUAAUUGAUGGCACGUUAUUUAUUUAAUAAUUAUUAUUUUUGUUGUUUUAAAUUAAAAAAUAUAUUUAUUUAAAAAUUUUAUUUUUUGAAAUAAAUGAUUUAUUAAUUUAUUUAAAAUGACCAGGCACCAUAGUAAAUUUGAAGGGCUAUUUUUGAUUAUUAAUGUGAAAUCUUCUCCCUCAAAUGAAUUGGCUUGUGAUGCAGUGCUGUGAAAACUGGUUUACAACUCACCGAUGAAGACACUGGAUUACACCAUAUAUCUACUCGAGUUACUCUCAGAAAUUCAACAACAUUGUAAUGUGAAACGCUAUCCACACGCUUACCUCCACGAGCAGCACAAUGUAGCAAGAACACAUUUCACACAUCAUUUGAAUGUUCACACGUGAUGAAUUGUGCUGAAAGGAGUGUUCACGACUGGAUCUGUAACAUUGCAAACAAUAUUAAUCAUCGUUAUUUCGAAUAGUUACCCAACUAGUCAUUCUUCCAGCGGGUUACGCUUCAUCUGAGACUGAUAGAGGCACACGACGUAUAAUAUACAUCACAGUGUACAGCGUGGAAAGUGCGAAAGUUGCUUUAUACACUCAACGUGCUCAUUCUUGACUCUUGAGCUGGGAAACUCAAAUAUGUAGUCAAAAACACAUUUAGAGAACAUUUGUAGAAAUAUGUUCAGCUUCAUGUUGCUGUUAAUGACCGAUUUCUUUAUUAAUGAACCCUGCUUAAGGCUAUUCACGA